GGUACAAAAAAAGUCCAUGAUAACCAGUAAUAGAAUUACACUGUAUUGCAUGCAGAAGUGUGGUUCUUAUACAUGCAUAACCGAAAUACCAACAUCGGUGGCAAUCAGGUUAUCGGCGAUAAGCAAGCUGGUAAAACUUCAGAGUUCUUAUCAACGGCAAUAGACAUUCUAAAAGAAAUAAGGCAAACCCUCCAAGUACCGCUAAGAUUUAUACACAUUGUCAGGAACCCUUUUGACAACAUUGCCACCAUGACACUUCGAGAAACAGGAACGCGAGAGGCUGUGAUUGAAGAAGGAACGCAAAUAAACAAUACAGCCCAAGACUUGGAGAAGUCUAUUAACCGCUAUUUCAAAUUAGCGGCUGCAAACCAACGCGUCCGGGAACUUUAUGGCGAUGAAGUUGUCGAUAUUGCAGGGCACGAAACUAUACUGAGACCUAAAGAAACUCUCCAGAGAUUAUGCGACCAUUUAAACGUCGCAUGUUCUGAGGAUUACUUCGAGAAAUGUAGCAAUAUCCUGUUUUCAACCCCCUCAAUCACAAGACACAAAGUAGUUUGGACUGAGGAACAAAAAGUACGCGUAACACAAAUGAUGAAGAGUUACUCCUUUCUUCGAGAAUUUUCUUUCGAUAAGUAUCCCAUAUGAUACUCUUAUCAGGAACAUGGGAUGAAUAUGUAGCAUACUUGGAACAAAGUGCCACCAUUGAAAUCAAUUAUACAAGGUGUACUGAUUA